AUGGCAAGACGCGUCUUUGUCAAUUUUCAGCAAGAUUAUCUAAAUCUCAUUCUCACGACUCCGACAGGACCGACUACAGAAGUUCCAUUAUCUGAGGAUGUUCCGAUAGCAUCAUCAUCCUCUUCAACCAAAAGUGACGGUGGUAUUACUGGUGAUGAAGUUACCUCUUAUCCUGGAUCUUAUAUGAACUAUGGUUCUAUCGAAGAAGUAUAUAUCGUAGAAAUCAAUAAGAUAAAAUCCAAUGAUAAUAGCGAGUGA